AUGGCGUCCCAGACGAGUCCCGACACGAAGAUUGACUGGAAUGCGGCUGGUACCCAGCAGCCGACAGCCUCUUCCAAACAAGGUCCCGACGAUCAACAACAACAGCAACAACAACAACAGCAGCAACCACGACCCAGUGGCGAGUCCACCAUGCCCCGGACCGAUCCAAAUGCCGACAGUGCCACCGGCAGACCGAUUGCGCCCACUGGCCCUCCCACAGACGAAGAGAAACGCGAGCUGAUCGCCCGCUACGCGCAACUGUUCUACGAGCACUUUCGCCAAUUCAGAGACCCGCUCGAGCGCAUGAAGUUCAUCAACACGGAGAUCCUGGGCCGUGCCAAAUUCGACAAGCGCUACCUCAGCGUCGAGGCCAUGCACACGGAUUACGACCUGAUGCUGUCGCAGUAUCUCGUGCACACACCGGAGCUGAUGCAACGAGUCGGGCUCGAACUCAACAAAUUCGCCGAGGUGGGACGUUACUGGUGGCCCAAAUGCGUCGCCCACGCACCGACGCAGGCCGAGAGACAGGCCGAGAUGGAGGCCGUGUUUGAGCGCGUGAAGCACGAGGAUUUCAACGCGCCGGCGUUCGUGGUCGAGUACGAGGAGUUCUACUCGGCGGAUUACUACGAGGGCGUCCUCUCGAUCAUGGAUACGUGGAUGAAUGCCACCGCCGGCGGGAUCAUCACCCGUGAAGCGUAG